AUGCAGGCCCGGCCGACAUCAGACGAUAAGUUGUCGCCGGCAAAGGUUGCUGUUCUCAUUCUAAUCUACCUCUAUCUCAACGAGGAGCUUCCCAAUAAGCGACAAAUCGUCGUCUUUUUGGGUACACAACUAGAAGGGCUUCCUAUCGUCCACGACAACAAACUUGUGCUUUUGAGCAGCCUAGAGGCCUUCUGCGAUGCAAUUGAGGCGAGCAGCGUGAAAAAAACCCGCGAAUCAGACGAUUCUGAACGGUUUCUACAGUUCAAACACAAGUUUUUAACUAUAGCAUGGGAUAUAUCGUCAGCAGAUCUGAUACAGCAACUCAGCAUGGAUGCAUUUCGUAGAACGGCGGAACCGCUAUGUGUGGUGGCCCUGCUGCGGUUUCAGGUGUCCACACGGUCGCCCAUUGGUAGGUUUGUUCGUACCAUGGCGGCAUCUCUCAAAUUGCUCCAGUUUGAGGAGUCCUCGGAGCUCGUGGAAGGGUUUCGGCGCUUCCGUGCAUCAACAGAGGGUGUUUUUAAGGAAUUGCGUGGCCGCGGGUAUCCAGAUCCCACUCCUUUGUCGAAAUAUCAUAGUCCCACCUCAGAACCAUUAUUUGAGACAUGGAACUCGCUUCUGAGAAAAACAAAGCGCCAAGAAGAUUCUUCAGAAAUUAAUGGGGACAGUAGCAAAGAUUUGGCGUUCUACGCCGCCUUGGAUGCCAGUUUGAAGAGCUCUCUCCCGGUUGAGUCCACUAAAACCGAAGAGACUGCGGCAGAGGCAACUCUAGUCACCAUUCCCGACAUGGACUUGCUUGUCAAGGAGCAGAUACGGCUUUUGGAGAGUUUUGGAACACCCACUCCGGACUUCCUCCGAAAUAUCAUCUACCAGAUGGCCACACCUCAUUCGGUGUCUGUCUACAACAGCAUGCCCUCCUUGCACUAUCUCCAGUACUUGGAAAACCUCUGUCGAGGAGAGUAUCACGAGGCAUUCGAUUCUCUACACAAAUAUUUCGACUACAUGGUGUCCCAGGGUUCCAAAUACUUCUAUCAUUUUGCCCUUGUCUCCAAGGCUUCCUUGCACCAGCAUUUCGGUGAAGACGAAGAGGCCUUGGACUCCAUGGAAGAAGCCAUCUCUAUUGCUCGCGAAAACCACGACAAUUCCACGCUCACAUAUAUUCUUUCGUGGUUGUACGACUUCAUGCGCCGGAAACCUGCCCUUUGGAACAGCCGCAUAUUCCGCCAGAUCAAGAACGAACUGCGGCUCUUAGACUACUUGGUGAAAAAAUCGCUGUCGGUUUCCCUUUCUUUGGCGGCAGUCAGCUACCGCUUCGAGGUGGACUACCUCCUAAAUGGACAAUGCCACUUCUCCAGAUACUACGAGAGUCUUUUCAAAGCGGGAUACUUCGCUAUACAUGACAGUGUAUCUAGCUUCAUCGGCGUGUGUCAUACCAGCUCCAAUCUCUGGAAGAAUGUGGGCUAUCCGCACCUUAGCCAGCUUUACACUGAACUAGGGUUGCAAUACUCAAAGCUGCACGGACUGGUGCGUGACAUGCUCAUGUUCGAAAUGGGCCAAGCGUGGUGUCGUUACUCUCUGGGCGAUUCUGACAUUGCGCUUCCUGAUAUGAAGAGCAGUCUCGAGCUCUGCAACUCUAAUGUGGCCCAAUUGAGAUCAAUACGUAUUCUUCUACAGCUCCGACAAACAGAGGUGGCAUUGGGCAAGGGCCGAGUGCGUCUUGCUCAAGAGCUUCUUCUGUAUCUUCCGGAGAGCCAUGAGCUUGAACAGAAGUGCUUAGUUGAAAAAAUCAGAGUACAAGUGCUACUUAAACUUGCUCAAGGCAACUAUGCUGAGGCGCUCAUAUGCGUGUCGGAACACAUCGGAGAUAUGGACCAAUUCCGGUCCAACCUGCGCCCUGACGUGGUUCACUUGUUGGAGCUCAAUUUGCUUAAAGCGGCAGUUUUGAUCCAGUCGGGCGUUCCUGUGAGAGCAUUUUCGUUGGUUCUACAGCAACUCGAAAUCGCCAACCAAUUGGGGCUCCGGUUUCUCAUGGCGCGUGGGUACGUGUACUUGAUCCAGAUCCUCAAUUCGCUAGGCCAGCCAGGAGACGCGCUUGACAUGGCCAAUUCCGUUCUCGCGCUUGUAAAUAGCGUCGGCAACAUCGAAAUCAAGUCCAAUUUGUUUUUCCAGAUGGCGACGUCGCACCACAAGUUUUUAGAGAGCGGAGAGUUCAGCAAAACGACCAGCAAAACCGCGCUGUUUGCGCAGUUCCUCAACUAUCUCAGUCUAGCAAUAGCUGGAUUCAAGAAAAGCGUCAAUUUGGGGCUGUUGGUCAACAGCUUUGAACUCGAAGACCAGAUGGCGGCCACGGCACUACAACAUCCAGAGAUCCGCAACUCCAAGCCGUUUGAGGACUUCCGGAAACAUCUGCAAAUGGGGCUCGACAUUCUCCGACGCCGCGCGUUCGAUGAGUGCGAAUAUGGCUACUUGAGAAAAAGUAAGUAG